AUGAAACUGAUAUCCUUGUUGGUUUUCUCUGUCCGUGGCACGGAAGCUCUCGCAGCCAAGGAUGCUGCGAUGGUGGAGCCAGAUGUUGGCUUGAUUGACGUCAUACUCCGUGCGGUGUGUGGCAUCCUCGGGAAAUCACACCCACGGCACGGUGUCUUCAUGCGUCUCCAGGAGACGUUCUUACACACGAACCUGGAGAUGCAGGGCAUUCACGAUGUCCGUUGGUUGAGUCGGGGCCAGGUUGUGGAGCGACUCUGCGAAGUCCUACCCGUGGUGAUUGUGCUUCUCCAGGAGUACGACACUGCCAUCUACCACGUCAUAACCUCGCUGAAGUUCCAUGUGUACCUUUUCUUCCUCGCUGAUGUCCUGGCAGAGCUUAACAACCUCAACCUUGUAUUUCAGCGACGCGAGGUUGACCUCACUGGCGUGCAGUCCCUGGUCCACCGCACACUCAUCUUCAUCCGAGAGCGCUACAUUGACUGUGGGCCACAGUUUGGCGCGGAGACAAGCAAGCGCCUGUCGCCCUUCCUCAAGCGUCUCUCGUCCAGCCGCACCGUCAAGGUGGAAGGCAUUGACAGCGACGGAAGCACGCAGAAACACAGCUUUGACUUGCACGAGGAGCCGCUGAAAGGGUACAGCAAAACGCUAGGCGACCUGGAGACUUGCAUCAACACCUGCCGCUCCUAUGCGGUUGCGGUAGUGGACCACCUGCAGGAGAGGUUUAAAGACCUUGACAGUUUGGAUGGCGCAAAGCUCUUCAUGCCGGACAGCUGGCCAAAGGACACGGACGGACGGAACAAGGAGUGUGCAGCCCACCAGGAAGCCCUAUUCAAGAUGUUCCACAUCGGCGAGCGGAGGGAGGUGCUUCCUGGUGAGUGA